AUGAUUCCUGGGCACUUGUGCAUGACCCCACUUGUGCAUGGUUCGUCGGUGAUCCUUCGAAAGGGGCUGAGCCAGCAUCUCUGUGCCGGAACUAGAGCACCUGGGGACAGAUACAGGAGGGUCCUCCAGAGCAAGCUCACGCGCCACUCCUUGCCAGAGAUUGCCGCAGCGUUGCGUCUGAGGGUGGUAGCAAAUUGGCUCCCUUUACUAAUUGGUAGCGCCAUCACCGUUGUGGUGAAUGACAUCGCCACGAGGGCCAACAUCCGGAGGGCCCCUCGGAAGUUCAUGAGGAGUGCCGCAAAGAAGUUGAGCAAGGCGUACAAGGUUUACGCCAACCAAGCAGAGGAGAGGCCACAAGCAGAGCGAAUGCUCCGGGAGUUCUUGGACAUGGAAGGGCCCAAAGAGAAGCAAUCUCCCUCCUUCUUGCUUGUCAGUGGCCCGCAAGGUGUUGGAAAGACAACACUCAUUCAGUCUGUACUCGGGCAGUACGCUGAGGACGGCAGAUGGAUCAUACCUCUCCAGCAAGAUGUAGAACCUGGCAAGGACUUUGAUCUCACUGCUAGGCUCCGCGCGCGACUAAAGGUCUUGGAGCUGCCUCCGAACUUUUCCUGUUUACCUGAGGACCUCCUGGAGAUCUUGGACGAGGACUGCAGAAGAGCAACAGGAGGACCUGUCAUCCUCUACUUGGCGCUCACGACCAGGAACCGAGCAGAUGCCUUCUCAGCCAACGAGUGUGAUGACAUCGCCUCCCGUGUUGGAGCCUUGGCAAGAAGGUUGACCUACGACUUUCCAAGAGCGAAGUUCAUCAUAGAGGUGAGCAUCUCCGCGGUUGCAGACCUGAUGCCUGCGAAGUACAAUAUGUCAGACAUGCUGAUUGUAGAUGGGCUCCCGUUCCAGCAGUUCCAGAAGGUUGCCACGGACGAAUACCACAAGUUGCUCCAGCAGGUCCUUGGAGAGGAUGAGUCGCGAUGGAAGUCAGGGCUGGAGUACUUCUACUGCCGCUUUGGUGGCAGCUUCCGCUUGUUGCAAGACAUGCUCCGGGCCGCCUUGAGGGAAACUGUGGAGUUUGAGCAGAUAGUGGGUCAGAGAUACAGAAAUGCAGUAGCGCCGCUCGACACUGCGCUCAAGGAAACUACUGCGCCCAAGGAGCUGGCUGGACUGUCAUGGUUCUUUCCCCCAUGGCUCUUUCCCUCGAAGUAUGAGGCAUUCCUCAGGACGGUGGCGGAAACACCGAAAGGCUACAUGACCAAGAACGCAGCCGAGAUUGAGCUAGAGAGGGAGCUGCUCAAGCUGGCUCCAAGGGAGCGACUGCUCAAGAGGCUUCGUGCCGAUGCAAUUGCGCUGAAACACCGCUUCUACAUUUUCAAGAUGGUAGGCGAGGAAGAUGAGAAGAUGCGCGAACUGGGCUACUUGUGA